GUGUAAUAGCUUUUAUAGAAGCAAUGAGAAAAUUAACAACAUUGGAAGAAGGAAAAAAACAAAAAACAAACGGAGACUGGACAGUUUUUAGACUGUUAAUUACGUUUAUGUACAAAAUAGGUACUAAACGAACAUUAAUUACGAAGUUGCAAGCAAACAGCUUAACCGUUCAGUUGAUCAUUGAUGGUACAGAGUAAAUAGAAUUGAUGAUGGUAUGAGUUCACUAAUUAUACACAUUAUAUAUGUAUUUUAAUCAGUUAUAAUGUUUGUUGUACUAUUAAAGUGACCAGAAAAUUAAACUGGUACAAGGCAGAGGUUAACUGUUGGCAGGCAUCCUCGCACAGUGCAUGUCAAGGUUAGCAUCUCUCAGAGCGCAGCAGUCAACAUUGCAUCGUCAGUCAGAUCAUGAACAUACGAGAUGACAGAUUACACGAAGAAAACAGUGAAAGUGACAAUAUCAGUAGCACCGUGAGAGACUUUUUGCAUUCAGAGGAAGAGACACUGGAAGAAUUGGUUGGAGGAUUCAUAUAUCUGUCUAUGGAUGAUCUACACAGUUCUGACUAUUCCCUGAUAAACUCCCAGAUGUUACAAAACAAUGCCCAUGUUAGCACUGUUAGUGAAAAGGGAUGUAAGUCUUUGGGCACCCAUUUGCUAUCAUCAGAAGUUGUCUCCAUCACUUUGAGUAACAACAAAACUAAAGGUGGAGACGGUGGUGUGGAUGAUGAAGUAGAAGAGGAGACAAUUGGAGACUUGAACUGUUCUCCAGCUGUUGAGGUUUUACUCCAAGGAAGACCACCAUCGCUGACAAAAUUUGACAACUUUAUGCAAAACAAUAACCCACUGAGUGAGACAGAUGCUGAAGAUGAAUUUUUGGAGACACCUGGUUAUGUGGCCAGUUUUGGAUUAGAAAAUACAGGACUGGCUGUAAAGAGAAAAGAAAAACCAUUUUUAAACAUCUUGUCUGAUCAGAAUAGCAGCACAGCUAGAGAUCUGUUCUACAAACCAUGUGCCAUGCCUUCAGCAUCAUUUAACAGUGAUUCAGAAGGCUCAGUGGAAUAUGCCACAGACUAUGUCAUAGCUCCGUCAUGUAAAUUGUCACACACUACCUUGUUCUCCAGUAAUCCUGACUGUGCAACUGCAAGUAUAUACCAACACCCAGGGGAGGCAGAUGAUGGUAUCACAGCCCCUGUUGUGGUGCCCACAGUCAGUGUGCUGGGAACAUCCACCCUUGUAACACCCACACCAGUAUCAGCAGACAGUGGCACUUUACUGGAAGCUGAAAGGGAGACAGAGGAUCAUGGAGAUGUAGUUGUGCCAUUUAAGCUGGAUCCUUGCUUUGAUUACGACAGUGUACCAUACACACCAAAGUUCAGCAAAGCUGAAAUGGAUUACCUGACAUCUUUUCUCCCAAGAAAUUGAUUUGUGCUUGUAGACUUCUUGUCCUUUGUGUUCUUGGAUACUAUUUUUCUAUAAGCUUCUAGUUUUGUUCAGUUUUCCCUUACAGGUAGCCUAAGUGAUAUUGUUGAUAGCUAUUUAUGAUCUCUCAUUUUGUGUGCAUGUGUGUGUAAAAGAGAGAGAUGGUACAAAAUUUUAUGAUCCCAUAGACGUACUUGGCAAUCAAAGCAGAUACAUAUCGUGUUAUGUGCAUUCCAUCAUUGUCCUGUUAUUUCUAAAACCCUUUUUAAUGUUGUGCUUAGUCUAGCAGAGAAAGGAUGAAGGACAGUGUAUGUCAGAAACACUGACAUAAUGUUGGCCUUAAUCUGUCCAUCUCAGUGCACAGCCCUGUUAUCUAACUGAUGCACAAACAGAGAUGUUCACCCUUUCCUCUGUCAUGCUUCAAAGCAUUCUCAUGAAAGUUUUAUAACAAACUGCCUGUGGAAAGUAAAUUGGGCGAGCGACAGAGCAGUGGGGUACAGAUAAGGAACAAAAUACAAGUUUAUUAUGACAAGUUCUAACAGUUCUACAGACAUAUCAUUUACUCAAUACCAGUGACCAAUGAAUGCAAAUAUUGAUGCAGAUAUUAUUUAUGCAAGUUUGAAGUUUUUAAACUAACUGAGAGGAACGUCAAAUAAAAGAUUUCCAUGAGA